AUGGGAAAAAGGAAGGCUGUGGAAGGUGAAAAAUCUGGAUACACCUUCUGGCCAGAGAAGUGUGAUAAACCAUUUGUGGACUGCAUUUUGGAGUGUGUUGAGAAGCGGCUCAUAGUGGAUGGCAUUUGUAAGAACGGAGUGUAUGGUAUUCUUGAGAAGAUGAUGUUGGAAAAGGUUCUGGGCUGUGGUAUAAGAGCUAAGCCGCAUAUAGAGGGUCGGUUCAAGAAAUGGAAGAAGAUAUGGCAUGCAACGACACUUAUGAGAAAUCAAAGUGGAUGGAAAUGGGAUGAGAUUAAUAAGUGUGUCAUCUGUCCAGAUGAUCAGUGGCCUGCAUUCGAGCUGGUAAGCCUACAAAAUUGGUGCUUGAUUUAUGUCUGUCUUUUUGGUUAUUGA